AUGUACAAGAGCCAUGGCAAUAAAGGACUGUCAAGCUAUUUCUCGCCAUCCUUCGAGGAUGAGUUGGUUUCACAGUACCAAACUCUAAGUGAAUCAACGGCCUCAGAUAUUGGCUGGUCAGUCCAAGAAUCAUGUUUAAAAGCUGACGAAAUUGGGUGGGAAGAUCCAAUUAAAGGAGGAGGAUUAACGCUCAAUGAGUUUGGGUCGUUCAUGGGUAAUAUGAACGAAGAACCUGUAACCAGUUCAAAGGACUUGAGAUCUAGAUAUCUAAAUAACUUUAUAUUUGAUGAUAACCCCAUAGCCGUCGUGCCAUGUGGUCUACUCUAUCCGAUAGUUUUCAUUGGUAACAUCCCUCCGAAUGUUCCAUAUGAAUACCUAAAAUCAGUUAUUCUUUCGUCAUUCGACACACGGAGCGAGGAGGAUAACUGCCAUCGUAUGAUUGCUCUUAAUUAUCAGCCUAGUUACAAGGAGUGGAGAACGGCAUAUGCGACAUUUAAAACCUGGAGCUGUGCUCAGAAAGUGAUCCAACAUCUUCACCUAAGAAGGCACUUUAAAAAUGCGCCAUUCCACCGCCUUGUGGCUUGUAUAUCACCGACCCCUCCACCGUCUGUCCUCUCAUCAAGCUUUGACUCUGCCUAUGAUCCUCAAGAGGCAGAGCAAAUUAUCACGGAGUUUCAGGAAACAAACCGUAGGCUGAUAAUGUACCAACCUCAGGAUACUGAGAUUUGGUUGCCGUCUUAUAACCGAAUUGAAAAAAAUAAGGGCUUUUUUGGCACAUGGAACUGCUUUAGAAGAGAUCAUAAGAUGCACCAACCCCCAGCUAGAUGGAUGCAAUACUACCGAGAAAAUGGCAUAUGUGAAUAUUGGGACUCUUUUACUGGCAAUAUGCAAUCCACGCUUCCUGUUAGCCAAGCCAAAGAUGACAAACAUUUUCUUCCGACCUCCAUUACGCUGCUUAGAGAUGGUCCAGGAGGAGCUAACCUAUUUAUAUAUGGCAUCCCUAACGACUGGACUGAGGUUACUUUAAUGCAAUUGUGCCAGAGAUUUGGACAUAUUGUUGGAAUUAGACUCCCUACUGCUAAUAACAAUGGCAAGCUAAACCGUUGCUUUGGCUUCAUUAGCUACGACAACAAACCCUCCACCUGGGCGGCAAUCCGAUCCAUCGCAGGAAUUAAGUUCUUUGGCAAGCCUCUCAAGAUCCAGCUUAAGGCAGGUGAGGAUGCUCUUCUUCCACUUACUCUAAGGCCUAUUGUUGAAGGCUCCACCAGAACCAGAAACUUUCAUCAAGAACAGUUUGAGCUCAAGUCUAAAAGUGCUAAUCAGCAGAGCAAUGCUUACAUGAUGAACAACAUGCCAUUUACUAAUGGCUGUAGUGUUCCUUGUAAUAAUAGUAGCUGUGUUAACACUCCAAUUAUUCCCUCACAAGCCUCAAACGGAAUUAACUCUUUUCCAAACACCACUCAACUACAUUGUAAUUAUGUGUCUGGAAUAAAGCAGGCUCGUUAUAGGCCCGAGCCUGGUCAUACUAGAAUGAAUCAGAAAUUUGAAAACCCAAUAUUACUACCACCUAAUGAUAGUAGUAUUAAGUCUCCAUAUAAUGGAGUUACAGACCUUCCAAUUAACUCUACCACGAUUAGUAAUACUAUUACCACUACUACUACCGCCAACAAUACGAAAACCGUCUCCAAUAAGAUGCCUCCAAGUGAACACACCAGCAAUUCAUCUCUUUCAUUUUCCGAUUUCUUUCGAAUUCAAUCAACACCACAACCAUCCCUAGAGUCAUUAGAAAAUAAUCAUUUAAUUGCCGAGAACCAAAACCACCUUACUGAGAAAUCUGCAAAUUUGCAAAUGCUCCUCAAAAAUAUACUCAUCUACGACCACUCAAGCUCCCACAGAGUUUAG